ACUUUGUUUUUUCAUUGAGGAAAGCAAUUUUAUUAAUUGUAUUCUCAGCUACCCCUAAUAUUAUGUAUGAAUGCUAUUUAAGCAUCGACAUUUGAGUGAUAUAUAUAGCUUUCUUUAGUGCUUGUUUUUCCAUGUAGGAAUAUAUUUACUUAGCUAGGUUCAAGAAUUUGAAAAUUCUUUAAGGGAGAAAAAAAGGGUUUCAGAAAAAUGAAUGGAAAGUCAUCAAUAGCUCCUAUUGCCAAAAGGCUGAAAGGGAAGGUAGCCAUCAUAACCGGGGGAGCAGGCGGCUUCGGAGAGGCCACAGCUAGACUCUUUGUCCAACAAGGUGCCAAAGUCAUAAUCGCCGACGUGCAAGACGAAAAAGGCGUAGCCUUAUGCAACGAAAUAAUGGCUUCUAGUACCAUGGCCAAUGGGCACCAUAAUAUUAACAAUGGUCACGAAGGAGAAACUAUCUCCUACGUGCAUUGCAACAUCUCCGAUGAAACCGACAUGAAAAACCUCAUCGAUCUCACCAUCUCAACGUAUGGAAAACUCGACAUCAUGUUCAGUAACGCAGGCAUUUCAGGAGAUUUAAACUCUACUAUAUUAGGCACAACUAAUGAAAAUUUUAAAAAGGUGUUUGAUGUUAAUGUGUAUGGAGGUUUCUUAGGGGCUAAGCAUGCCGCAAGGGUAAUGAUUCCUAGGAAAUCCGGUGUCAUUCUCUUCACCGCGAGCUUGGCAUCAGUGAUAGGAGGCCAAUCACCCCAUGCCUACACAAUGUCAAAGCACGCGAUUAUAGGUUUGAUGAAGAACUUGUGUGUGGAAUUAGGGCAAUAUGGCAUAAGGGUGAAUGCUAUUUCCCCUGGUGGUGUUGCUACACCAAUAUUAGUCAAUGCAUUAGGGAUGGAUAAGAAGACGGUCGAUGAGUUGUUGUGUGAAGCUACGGUGCUUAAAGGUGUGACGCCGGAUGUUGAGGAUGUUGCUAAUGCCGCGUUGUAUUUGGCAAGCGACGAGUCUAAGUUUGUGAGCGGUGUUAAUUUCAUGAUUGAUGGUGGUUCUGGCAUUACUAACCCAUCCUUCUCCUUUGUGCUACAAAAUUUUCUUGCAUCACAAGGUUACACUUCUUGAGUGGAGUUUGCAAGAGUUACAUGUGGUCCUCUCAAAAAAACAAUAACAAAAAUAAAAUAAUAAUACAUACAAAGUAAAAGAGAUAAUUACUUAAUUAAUACCAAGGACUUGUGUUUUUCAUUAUUUUUUCAAAUACUUUUUUUUUGUUUUAUUUUAUUUAUUUAUUUAAAUUUUAAUCUUUACAAUCAACUACAGCUCAUAUUUACUAAGGUCUUAAUUUGAUUUUUUUUUCUUACAAAAAUCAAAUGAGUAUUUCUAUAUUUGGGAAAAGUAGAAGUACUAGCUUAGAUUUGACCAGCAAUUUCUAUAAUUCUAUUGUACUCCAAUUUACAUUAAUAAUGUGUUGAAUUUAUAUGUUAUUUUAAUCAAAUCUUGUAACAUUCGAUCUACAUAAGCUCUGUU